GAAAACCAAAGCAAAGAACACGUGUUGAGCCUACAGCAUCCUGGUUGUAAUUUCUUGAAGUGAUCAUCAACGAUGGAGCAGGUGUUGGUUAACACUCUGGAUGAGGUGACGAGUGGCGAGAUGAAGAGAUUCCAGUGGCUCCUGAUCAAGCACCAGAGGCGUGGCUAUGAGCCCAUCAGUAGAAGCGAGUUGGAUCGCGACACAAGCAGGGAGAAUACCGUGGAGCUGAUGGUGAACAAAUACAGAGAGAAUGGGGCUCUGGGUGUUACAAUUAAUAUCCUGAAGGACAUGCACCAGAAUAAACUUGCUGACGAGUUAAAGACAAAGGCAAACAUUCUCAAAAGAGCGGAAAACGGCACAACAAAGGUGAGCAGUGCGGCGAAGAGCACUGCAAAGGAGAGCACUGCGGCAAAGAGCACUGCGGCAAAAAGCACUGCAAAGGAGAGCACUGCGGCAAAGAGCACUGUGGCAAAGAGUACUGCAACGGAGACACCAGUGGUGAAGAGCACUACAAAGGAGAGCAUUGGGGCGAAGGGCACUACAAAGGAGAGCACUGUGGCAAAGAGCACUGCAAAGGAGAGCACUGCAGUGAAGAGUCCUGCGGCGAAGAGCACUGCAAAGGAGAGCACUGCAGUGAAGAGUACUGCGGCGAAGAGCACUGCAAAGGAGACACCAGUGGUGAAGAGCACUGCAAAGGAGAGCACCGUGGCAAAGAACACUGCAAAGGAGAACACUACCACUGCAAAGGUGACACCAGUGGUGAAGAGCACUGCAAAGGAGAGCACUGCAGUGAAGAGUACUGCGGCGAAGAGCACUGCAAAGGAGAGCACUGCAGUGAAGAGUACUGCGGCGAAGAACAAUGCAAAGGAGAGCACUGCAGUGAAGAGUACUGUGGCAAAGAGCACUGCAAAGGAGAGCACUGCCACUGCAAAGGUGACACCAGUGGUGAAGAGCACUGCAAAGAAGAGCACUGCCAAAGGCACCUCCAAAAACUGAGCCGUUCUAGAUCAAGAGGAUGGGCCCAUAUGGUAUACUUUAUUUUAGUCCAUUUACUUGUCAAAUACCAGUUUACAUUUAAGGAGGAUUGUAAACUAUUUUCUUAAGCUUUUCUCAGAAUAUUUGGAAUUUUACAACCUGACAAUUAAAUGAAAAAUAUAUUUUCAAGAAUUGUAAUGUUUAAAUUUUUUCUCAUGCUCUUCAGAAACAUAAAAUACGCCAGAAAAUACUAUGGUAUCAGCAGAGCUCGACAAACAGGGCUGCCCGCUGGAAACCCUCCAGGCCAGUAGAUCAACCCUGUCAGUCGCCCGCUUGGGCCAGUGAAAAAUAUAUUGUAA